GCAGCAGUCAAAAUCCAAGCUGGAUUCAAGGGUUUCAAGGCCAGGAAAGAAGGUACUGAAGAAGAAAAACCAGCUGAAGAAGUACCAGCUCCACAAAAGCCAGCUGAAGAAGAGGAAGAGAUUGACAUAGAUUUGGAUGCUCCUGAAACUGAGAAGGCAGCACUGGCUAUCCAAGCUAACUUUCGAGGAUUCAAGGCUAGAAAAGAUCUG